ACGGCAGCAUCAUUUUCUCAAUUUUCUAUUUCAAUUCGAAUUCUGAUUUUGUUUUCUGGCUUGGAUGCUAUCUUUUUAUCCCGAUUGCUUGGAUCGAUACUAAAUUACGAUUUUAUGAAUUUAAACUGAUACGCUCGAUCUUCAAAUUCUAGGGUUUAAACUGAUGCUUUGUUUAAGCUGGUUUUGUAGCUCCAUAUUUUUGUUCUUUCUACACUCUAUUCAUCUAGUUAAUUAGAUGCUAGCCUUCAAAUCCCUUAAAUUUUGAUUAAAAUAGCUCUUAUUUUUCAUAAUAGGUAUAAAUCCCAACAUAUUGCGAGAUAUGCUUAAUGAAUGGCCAUCUAUAUUUGAAAAAGCAAUACUGUGUAAUUGUAUACUGAAUGUCUAGGUUUGUUAAUGAAUUACUGUGAUGUUGUAAUCCACUUUCCACUUCCCCCAAUUACUGGAUUAUUUUCUGGUUUGACCUCUUGGGGUGUUGUUGAUGUUGAUGUUAUAAUUGAAAUGUUCAUCUUCCUAUUGGGAGCAAGGAUGUGGAGCUUUGCAUCCAAUUGUAUAGCUGGGAAAGUCGAGCCAAAGACGGAUACUUUGAAGAGAGCUCAGGAUGCUGAUUGCUCAGAUGAUGAAGUUUCUUCCACCACAAGUAGAGAAGAGGGGCUAGAGUGUCCUAUAUGCUGGGAGUCCUUCAACAUUGUUGAAAAUGUACCCUAUGUUUUAUGGUGUGGCCAUACGCUCUGUAAAAAUUGCAUUCUUGGACUCCAAUGGGCAGUUGUGAAGUUUCCUACCUUACCGCUCCAGCUUCCGCUCUUUGUAGCUUGCCCGUGGUGCAACUUAUUGUCCUUGCGUCUUGUUUAUAGGGGAAACCUAAAGUUUCCUCGUAAGAACUUCUUCCUUCUGUGGAUGCUUGAGAGCAUGAAUGGUGAUAGAACAAGGUUGCGUUCUGCCUUUUGUGGCAAUCAUCAGCCAUCCUGGUUGUCGGGUUCAGGUGCAACUUUAGUGGGAAAUUCUGGUAGUGGGAGUGGGAUUAGUCUCCGAAGGAGAUCAUCUACUCGACAAUCAGAAUCAUCAGAACCACACCUCGAUCGAAGUCGCACAGAGGAGGGUUUUCUUGCUAUUGAGUGGCUGCAAUCCUCUCUUAGGAAGUUACUUAUUUUCUUCUUUCAUCUAACAGCCAAGUUCCCCUUGGUGGUCAUGUUCCUACUUAUCAUCUUGUAUGCCAUACCUGCCAGUGCAGCUAUCUUAGCCCUGUACAUUCUUAUCACUAUUGUGUUUGCCUUACCAUCUUUUCUCAUUCUGUACUUUGCUUAUCCAAGUUUGGAUUGGCUAGUCAGAGAAAUAAUCACCUGAGAUUUCAUUCUUGCAGUCUUGAUUGUCAAAGCCUUCUAGUUCGCGCGAUUCUGUUUAAUCUUGUGGUGAUCUUCUGACUGCUGCUAUUGAUUCCCUCAAAACUUUGCAUAGAAUGAGAAAGCUAUUAGCUAUAGCACAUGAAUGACUUUUUUGCUUAGGUUUAUAUGCUUAGAUUUGUGAUGAUUGUGGAAGCAUGAAGGUACUAGUUCUUUGUUUAUACAAAUAUUUUUGUGCAGGCUAGUGAAGCAUAUUGACUUAUUGUAGUGGCUUAGUUCUUGUUAUAUUCAACUAUUAUGUAAAUUCAUUUGAUGCUUAUGAACAUGCAAAUGUAAAUAUACAAAUGUGCAUGUAUCUAUGCGUGUAUAGUACGAGAAUGCUACUUUGCAUUAUUCAAUUUUUGAA